UCUCAGGCAAUUUGCAACAUUUGUGGCUUGGCACAGAAUAUAUUUUAGAUUAGGUCUGCCUCUGACAUCCUGAAAGCUGAUGACAUGGAUAAGUAUAACAAGACAUUUGUAUCAGAAUUUAUUCUUCUGGGCCUUUUGGGUCAUCCAAAACUUGAAAUGAUUUACUUUGCUCUGCUUCUAAUGAUGUAUCUAGUGCUUCUACUUGGCAACAGUGUUCUCAUCAUAGCAAGCAUCUUUGAUUCUCGUCUUCAUACCCCAAUGUACUUCUUCUUAGGAAACCUCUCUUUCCUGGAUAUCUGUUAUACAUCCUCCUCCAUUCCUUCAACACUGGUGAGCUUAAUCUCAAAGAAAAGAAGCAUUUCCUUCUAUGGCUGUGCAGUACAGAUGUUCCUUGUGUUUGCCAUGGGGUCAACAGAGUGUUUCCUCCUUGGCAUGAUGGCUUUUGACCGCUAUGUGGCCAUCUGCAACCCCCUGAGAUACCCCAUCAUCAUGAGCAAGGUGGCGUCUGUGCUGAUGGCUUCCAUGUCCUGGCUCUCUGGUGGAAUCAACUCAACUGUACAAACAGCUCUUGCCAUGAGGCUGCCCUUUUGUGGGAAUAAUAUCAUUAAUCAUUUUGCAUGUGAAAUCUUGGCUGUCCUCAAGUUAGCUUGUGCUGACAUAUCCCUCAAUGUUGGCACUAUGCUAGUGUCCAAUGUGGCUUUCCUGGUUCUUCCACUGCUGGUCAUCUUCUUCUCCUAUAUUCUCAUCCUCUACACCAUCUUGAGAAUGAAAUCAGCCACUGGGAGGCGCAAGGCCUUUUCCACCUGCUCUUCGCAUCUGACUGUGGUGAUCAUAUUUUAUGGUACAGUUUUCUUUAUGUAUGCAAAACCCAUGUCUCAAGACCAGCCUGGGAAAGACAAAUUUCAAACUUCAGACAAACUCAUGUCCCUGUUUUAUGGGGCAAUGACACCCAUGCUGAAUCCUAUCAUCUACAGUUUGAGGAAUAAGGAUGUAAAAGCUGCUGUGAAAUAUCUGUUGACCUGCAAAUCUAUCCAAUAA